AUGAGGAAUAUGCUAACUCAAACUUCAGCAAAACACCAAAGGCUGCAACAACAAAAUGAUACCUGGUCCCCACCCCCUCCCCACACCUACAAGAUCAACUGGGAUGCUACCAUCGAUAAAAUGAAAUGCAAAGUGGGGAUCAGGAUCAUAGUGAGAGAUCAUUCAGGACUAGUGGUGGCAUCCUCAAGACUAAACAUAUCACUUUAUCCUGAACCGUUCCUAGCAGAAGCAAUAGGUGCUUUGGAAGCCUCUCGGCUUGGCAACCACCUGGGCCUCACCAAGAUCAUCUUGGAAGGGGAUUCCUUUCAAGUAAUUCAAGCUAUCAAUGGAAAGGGCAAAAAUUGGUCUUCAACUGGGAUGAUUAUUGAUGAUAUAAAGGGCCAGCUUAGCACUCUUGAAAGUUGGUCAGCAAUCCAUAUAUGUAGAGAGGGAAACAAGGCAACCCACGUGCUUGCCAAGAAUGCAUUUGUAAACUCUACUUCUUCUUUAGAUGUAGACAGCAUUCCCUCUUGUAUCACUAACUUCAUUUGA